AAUACAAUUCGAGACGGUGGUGCGGCUGUGGGAUUCGGAAGGCUUCAUAUUUGACUUUUCGCCAAAUGUUUGUUUAAGCUCGUGGAGGUUGAUGACCAAUCCAAACUUAAGAUUACCAAAAUGCCCCCAACCAUAACAAGUGCACACCUAGUACUCACCUAAGGGCGUUGUCGUCAGAACAGAAAGGUUCAUCAAUUUCAUGGGAAACAAAAAACAGCUUCUUGAAUUUAUUGUAGAAUGACUGUGGACAAUGAGUUGUCAAGUAGAGACUUGUUCUUCUCUUUGUUUUGGUGAUCUUCUUUUAUGUUAUUUUAUUUCAAUUAAAGGUGUAGCUUGCACAUGAGAAUAUCCAGAUUGUCUGCAACCACGAUAUUGCUUGACGCCAUGGAUAUCAGGACCAACUCGAGAUUCCUGCUUGUUCUCUUCGUCUGCCUGUUUUUGAAGACCAAUCUCUCUUUUGGAGCUGAUAUCAUCUCUGGAAACCAAUCCCUCUCUGGUAACCAAACUAUUGUCUCUAAAGGUGGGGUCUUUACUCUGGGAUUCUUUGAUCCAGGUAAUACUAAUAAAUACUAUAUAGGCAUGUGGUACGAGAAAAUUAAGACCAACCAGACUAUAGUUUGGGUGGCAAAUAGAGAGAAGCCAGUUUCAGAUAGAUUUUCUUCAGAGCUGAAAAUCUCAGAUGGUAAUUUAGUUCUUUUCAAUGAGUCCAAACUUCCAAUUUGGUCCACAAAUGUGAGCUCCACUAGCUCCUCCCCUGUACAAGCAGUGCUUGGGGAUAAUGGAAAUCUGGUGUUAAGUGGUGGUUCCAAUUUUUCAAAUCCUUUAUGGCAAAGUUUUGAUAAUCCUGCUCAUACCUGGCUUCCUGGUAGUAAAAUUGCGUACAACAAAAUAACCAAAACCCACCAAGUUCUCACUUCAUGGAAGAAUUCCAAAGACCCUUCCCCUGGCCUUUUUACUCUUCAGCUAGACGAAACUAACAACUCGUAUAGUAUACUUUGGAAUAGGUCUAGAGGAUAUUGGACUAGUGGAGCUUGGAACGGACAUAUUUUCAGCUUAGUCCCUGAGAUGAGGCAAGAUUAUAUCUACGAUUUCCAAUUUGUAUCGAAUCCAAAUGAAAGCUACUUUACAUAUUCUGUUAAACCCACUUCCACACUCACAUCUCGAUUUGUAAUGGAUGUUUCUGGGCAGAUUAAGCAACAAAAUUUUUUGCCCAAUAAUGGAUGGAAUUUGUUUUGGUCUCAACCGAGACAACAAUGUGAAGUUUAUGCUUUCUGUGGGCCAUAUGGAAGCUGCAAUGAGAAGUCUUUGCCUUUUUGUAAUUGUUUAAAGGGAUUUAAGCCCACUUCUGAGAGUGACUGGUAUUUGGAGGAGUAUUCUGGUGGGUGCUCUAGAGUAACCAAACUUGCAUGUGGUAACAACAGCCUUCCUAAUGGUGAGGAAGACAGAUUUCUAGAGAUGCCCAACAUGUUAUUACCUGAAAAUAAAGAGUCUUUGCGAGUAGGGAGUUCUGAUGAAUGUAAAUCAAGCUGCCUAAACAAUUGCUCUUGCACAGCUUAUGCCUAUGACAACAAUGACUGUUCAAUUUGGAUAGGAGUUUUCUUAAAUCUGCAGCAAUUAUCGGCAGCAAGUGACAACAGUGGCACACUCUAUGUUAGGUUAGCAGCUUCUGAGCUUCCUAAUCCGAAGAAAGAAAAAGGAACUAUCGUUGGUGCUGUGGUGGGCUCAGCUGUAGGAAUAUUGGUUGUUGUUGGUCUUAUAUUGUUCUUAAUUUUCAGACGAAGAAAUAGAACAGUUGGAAAAGGAAAACAAGUGGAGGGUUCAUUGGUGGCGUUUGGCUACAGAGACAUGCAAAAUGCAACCAAGAACUUCUCGGAUAAAUUGGGAGGAGGAGGCUUUGGUUCGGUUUUUAAGGGGGUAUUGGCAGACUCAACUGUAGUAGCAGUGAAGAAGCUUGAGAGUGUCAGUCAAGGAGAGAAGCAAUUCCGAACAGAAGUCAGCACAAUUGGAACAAUCCAACAUGUAAAUCUAGUUCGAUUGCGUGGGUUCUGCUCUGAGGGUACUAAAAGAUUAUUGGUGUAUGACUACAUGUCCAAUGGCUCUUUAGAUUCACUUCUUUUCAGUGGAAGUAAUUCAAAUGUUUUGAUCUGGAAAACAAGGUACCAAAUUGCACUGGGGAUAGCUAGAGGGUUGGUUUAUCUACAUGAGAAAUGCAGGGAAUGCAUCAUACACUGUGACAUCAAGCCAGAAAACAUUCUUUUGGAUGAAGAGUUAUGUCCCAAAGUAGCAGACUUCGGAUUAGCAAAACUCAUUGGAAGGGACUUCAGCAGGGUCCUGACAACCAUGAGAGGAACAAGAGGCUAUCUUGCACCAGAAUGGAUUGCAGGAGUGGCAAUAACAUCAAAAGCAGAUGUUUACAGCUAUGGAAUGAUGCUUUUUGAGUUUGUGUCAGGGAGGAGAAACUCAGAGCCAUCUGAAGAUGGAAAAGUAAAAUUCUUCCCAACUUGGGCUGCAAGAGUUAUCACUGAAGAAGGUGAUGUGCUUAGCCUGUUAGACCCGAGGCUGGAGCAGAAUGCAGAGGUAGAAGAGCUUGACAGAGUUUGUAGAGUUGCGUGUUGGUGCAUCCAAGAUGAUGAAGUUAAUAGGCCAUCAAUGAGUCAGGUGGUUCAAAUCCUUGAAGGAGUUAUAGAAGUGAAUUUGCCCCCAGUUCCAAGAUCACUUCAAGUUUUUGGUGAUGACCAGGAGAAUGUAAUUUUCUUUACGGAAUCAUCAUCCACAAGCCAGAGUUCCAAGGUAAGGAGCACCACGUCAACUAGUUCCUCCCAGACCAAGAGCACUACCUCUUCAAUAAGCUGAAGAACCUAAGCACAAUCAAGAUGAGGGCAUCUUUUCCACUCUUUGAUUCCAUCUUAUGCUCUGCUCUUUUUUUUUUCACCUCAUCCAUAUCAGGAUUUUGAAGCGAAGAAAACAAAUUUAGCUCAUGGUUGCUUUCUUUUGCUUAAAUAAUCUUGUGUACCUAUUAAACACAGCUCUAUAGUCAUUGUUUACAUUUAGUCCCCCACAUGGUAGGAUGAACUAAAUAUGAUCCAAGAUCUUGUAAAAAUAGUUCCCCCAUCCCAUGCUGCAUAACAAUGGCUCUAAGAGUUGACGAGAGUUGUUUGUAUGAAUAGUUUUUGCUCAAAUGUUUGUAUAAAUAGUUUUAUUAUAUAUAAUGUUCCUCACUUUAUGGUA